AUGGAUAUGGUUGGCUAUUUUGAAAAGGCGGAACAAACUGCUGUGGACCAUUGUCGUACCUUCACAGCUGGCGACACCCAUACAGAAGUGCCCAUUGAGGGAAAUCGCCAAUCGACUUUGCGAGGAACUGGAGAACUUCUUGAUAGAGAUAAAAUGGCAAGUCACGGUGUCGAGAUCAAAUGUCGUCGCGGACGACCUCCUAAAGCAAAACAACAAUCGGAAGUGCAAGAGCGAAUUCAAAACGAGGAAGCAUUGCGAGGUCCUUUGCCCUCCAUUGCUGGUGUUAAACGAAAGUCACCGAAGGUUAGAUACACUCACAGUGUGGAAUUUUUGGCUAAGCAGGAACGAAGACGUGUAGAACGAGAAGCGCUGAAGGAAAGAAAUCGAGAGUUGAGGAAGGCUUGCAAAGAUGCGAAACGAAGGAAGAAGUUGGAGGAGAAGGAACGGAAGAAAAUGGAAAAAUUAAAGCGAAAGGAAAUGAAGGAGAUGUUACGACAGCAGAGAAGGGAAAUGCAUAAGGCGAAGAAAUUUGUUGCGAAACAAGCAUCGCUCGAAAAUAUGGAAAAAGUUCAAUUACCUAUUUUGGAUGAAAUUCAGUCACAUCGAAAUGGAGUUGUAGCGUACUUUGUUGUGGAACAUAAUGAGGCGGCAACACAAGGUAUUCUUUACGCACAGCUCGCAGAUACUUCCUUUUCUACACUUCCAGAAGAGAUGUAUUUUGUACAAACGGAAAUAUUGAAUGUGAUUGGUCACAUUGUUAAGCAAUCGGAAAGAAACCGCUCUGCAAUGUUCAACACAGUUUUCGAUGCUCGCUUCAUAUCCGCGACAGACCAUUGGCCUUCAUUUUUCUAUGCUGUUGUGCUAAUGCGUGAGUCAGCAUCUCUCCAUGACCUUUGGGUCAACUAUAAUAAAUCACCAAUAGGAAGUGAUGAAAAGAAGGCGUGGAGUUUGGGGACAGUUGGUCGUCUUGCGUCAGACAUCCUCGAAGUGGUAGUAAGCACAGAACUGAAGGACAUAGCUCUGUCUGGCGACUCAAUAUCGCAUAGUCACUGGCUUGGUACUGCAGAGUACGCACCAUUAUGUUGGCACCGAAAGGGAAAUAGAAGUGUUAUGGGUGUGGCCGAUUGUGCAGAAGUCCUACUAUACAUAGUACUCGAUAUGACCGGAUUCCUAACGUGGAGAGGGCUUCAUAAGGAUCUCGUACCAUUUGUCAAAUUACUAAUGAGGGCCGAAUCGCUGAGGUACAAGCUUGAAAUGGAAAAGGCUGAAUAUGAAUCUUGGAUGAUACGUAGAGAGUUCGCACAGCGAAUUGCUGCACAGACCAAACGAGAACAAGCUACUGCUAUAAUGCGAGUGCAUGAUCUCAAUGAAGGUGGAACUGGAAAUACCUCAAACUAA